AUGAUGGACGACUCGGCCCUCUUCUCGUCGCCGGUGCGGGACUACCGGCCACGCUCGCCGCACACCCCACGAACACCACAUACACCACGCACACCACGCACGCCGCAGUCGCCGCCGCCAGGCGCUGGAGCUUCCUACGAUUCUGAAGAGACGCGCGAGACUGCUCUGCAGCGCGAGCUGGCUGGCGUGCGCCAGGUCAAUGAGGCCAUUGAGGGCAUCCUCGGCACGUUGGAGCAGUCUAGAGGGAAUAUGAAGACCGUCUCCCAAACGGUUUCCAAUGCUUCCGCCCUCCUCAACACCUGGACCCGUCUCCUCUCCCAGACCGAACACAGCCAGCGUCUCAUCCUCGACCCGGCUUGGCGUGGCGCCUCUCAGGACCUGGCCGAGGCUGAGGCCGAGGUCUUGCAGCGCCAGCAAGAGGCCGAACGCCGUGCCCAAGAGGCCCAACGCCGUCGCGAUGAGGCCCGUCGCCAGGCCGACGAUGAUGACCGCCGUCGACUCGCCGGCCACUCCUCGUCUGCAUCUGGAUCUGCAUCUGGAUCCUCAUCUGUCUCAGCUACCCGCCGCGGCUCUGGCCUGCGUAGUCGCGGCCGCAUCACCUACAGCGCCAGCGGCAUCUUUCGGCGCGGCAGCACCGGCGGCAGCUCAGCUGCUGCAGCUGGCUCUGGCACCAGCCGCUAUGGACGGGGCGCUAACACUAGUAGCAGCAGCACCGCCGCCGACAACAGCACCGCCGGCCCCUCCUCCGCCUAUGGCUACCGUGGCAGCUCCGGCAUCGGCCGCGGCGUCUCAAGAGGCAGCAGAGCCGGCGGCCGUGGGGUCCGUUGA